AUGGGCGGUCCUAGAGGGCACGCUGAAGGGAGAUGGGACGUUGAUUCUCACAGGUCAGAAGUUAAGUCAAGUUCCAACACUUACAAACAUAUCCCGGAAAAUUUGGGCACUGAGUUUGUUUCGUUGAAGAAAAAUAAUAACAGUUCUCAGGGUCUGCAGCCUAGAAGCAUGAUACAAUUUUUGUCAUUGUACAUCACACUGAGAUUGACCCGUAAGCAGUUGUGUGAUCUGAUGAUAAAAGUUGGCCACGCAAUUCUUCCAUAUGUGUGUCAGAUUCAGAUUGCAACCAGCUUGCCUCUUGCUUGUGUCUCUAACACCUUGAAUAAACCUAAGCCUCUUAAUUUAGAUGUGUCCUUGCCUUCUUUUCAUGAUAUUAGAUGGAGCUUAGCACGGUUGUUGUAUUUAUUUAACAUCCAGCUUGAAAGAAAUGUUGCCACGUUCUUUGUGGUGCUCCUUAUGGCAUGCUUCUCGUUUGUUAUUGUUGGUGGUCUCCUGUUCUUUAAGCUCAGGGGUAAUAAAAAUUCUCUGGAAGAUUGUUUCUGGGAAGCCUGGGCAUGCCUUUGUUCAUCGUCUACUCAUUUAAAACAAUCAACACGUGUUGAGCGUGUUAUUGGUUUUCUUCUUGCAAUAUGGGGUAUAUUGUUUUACUCUCGGCUUCUAAGUACGAUGACUGAACAAUUUAGGAGUAAUAUGCAAAAGCUCAGGGAGGGGGCCCAAAUGCAAGUUCUAGAGACUGAUCAUAUCAUUAUCUGUGGCAUGAAUAGUCAUCUUCCCUUCAUAUUAAAGCAGUUGAAUAAGUAUCAUGAAUUUGCUGUGCGCUUAGGCACAGCUACAGCUAGGAGGCAGAGAAUCCUUCUUAUGUCUGACCUUCCAAGAAAACAGAUUGAUAGAAUAGCUGACAGUAUUGCAAAAGAUUUAAAUCAUCUUGAUGUCCUUAGCAAGAGUUGCAGCCUUAGUUUAACAAAAUCAUUUGAAAGAGCAGCAGCCAACAAGGCACGUGCAAUAAUUAUACUGCCAACAAAAGGGGAACGGUAUGAAGUUGACACAGAUGCAUUUCUUUCUGUUUUAGCCCUUCAACCAAUUCCAAACAUGGAUUCUGUCCCCACUAUAGUUGAGGUUUCAAGUUCCAAGACAUGUGAGUUGAUGAAGUCAAUCUCAGCAUUGAAAGUAGAGCCCGUAGAAAAUGUUGCAUCCAAACUCUUUGUUCAAUGCUCUCGGCAGAAGGGACUCGUAAAGAUCUACAGGCACUUGCUAAAUUAUCGAAAAAAUGUAUUCAAUCUUUGCAGCUUGCCUAAACUAGAAGGAAUGACUUAUAGGCAAAUAAGACAUAGAUUUCAAGAAGUCGUUGUAUGUGGUCUUUACCGGAGUGGGAAAAUUUACUUUCACCCAAACGAUAGUGAAAUUCUGCAGCAAACCGACAAAAGGCAGUUUUUCCACUGCAACACUUUGGCCUUCUCAACUAGAUGUUCACCUAGAUACUAUUUUCAAACUCACACUGUUGCUUUCCUGAAAUAUUGGCUGGGAAUCAGGGAUGGGGUUAGAGAAGAGAGACUCUGUAUGGGAAAAAUUGCCAAUGGCUGGAUCAAACCUGACCACUGCCAGAAGCCAUCCAGUCCACCAACAGGACAAUGGCCUGUAUUGUUUAUUGGAUCCCUUCGGAAUACUAAAAAUCCAGAAGUAACUCUAAAUGGGAAAGAAGGAACACAUGUAAUUCAGAAUGAGGAAAUACAUGAAAAGGAUGUGGAACAUGCCAACAAAAUGAGUAAAGUAAGACUUGCUAAUAUUGUAAAACGUCCUAAUAGAUCAGGUUCCAAGGCAUCAGAAGGGAAUGUUGGACCAAAAGAAUGCAUUCUUUUGCUUGGAUGGCGCCCUGAUGCUGUAGACAUGAUUCAAGAGUAUGAUAACUAUCUUGGUCCUGGAAGUGUUUUGGAAGUGUUAUCAGACACACCAUUAGAUGACCGGAUCACUAGGGCAACCAACAUCAAUGGUCAUAACAAACUCAAGAAUGUCCGAGUUUCCCAUAGGAUUGGAAAUCCCAUGGACUAUGACACCUUAAAGGAAACCAUUUUGAAUAUUCAGAAUUCUUUGAAGAAUGAGGAUCUUCCUUUGUCAGUUGCUGUCAUAUCUGACAGAGAAUGGCUUCUUGGAGAUCCAUCUAAGGCAGACAAGCUGUCUGCUUACUCUCUUCUCCUUGCUGAAAAUAUCUGCAACAAACAUGGAGUUAAGGUGCAGAAUCUAGUUGCGGAAAUUGUUGAUUCAAAAUUGGGGAAACAAAUUAGUAGAAUCAAGCCAUCAGUGACCUACAUUGCAGCAGAGGAAAUAAUGAGCCUUGUAACAGCUCAAGUGGCCGAGAACAGUGAGCUAAAUGAAGUUUGGAAAGACGUACUAGAUGCAGACGGAGACGAAAUUUAUGUCAAGAAUAUUGACCUAUACAUGAAAGAAGGAGAGAAUCCAUCAUUUUCUGAGCUUUCUGAGAGAGCAUAUUUACGGAGAGAAGUAGCCAUAGGUUAUGUGAAGAACAAGAAGAAUGUAAUCAACCCAGUUCCCAAGUCUGAACCUCUCUCUCUUGAAAUGACUGACUCCUUGAUAGUCAUAUCUGAACUGGAAGGAGAGCAACCAGUUGCCAAAUCUCUCCAUACGGGUUGGCCGUGCGAGAUAAGAGAGCAGCGACGGUACAACACAACAACAAAGACUAAGAAAACAGUGAUGGCUCACGGCGCUUAUACCAAGCGGCGCGUGAGCGCAACGCGCCGUUCCAACUCCAAGCCUCUCGGAGUUGCCAAGAAACCCAAGCCCUCCGUUUCCCUCAAAAACCAGAUUCGAUCCCUAGAGCGCAUGCUCCGAAAGAAUCUGCCUCCCGAGGUGAGAGAGGCGCAGGAACAAAAGUUAGAAGCACUGAAGAAGCAACAGGAGAUUCACACUCGCCUAGCAGCAGAACGCAAAAUUUUUUUACGUGACCGGAAGAUCAAGUUCUUCGAGAGGAGGAAAAUUGAAAGGCGAAUCAGACGCCUCGAGAAACUGCACCGUACUUCUUCUUCAUCUUCUUCUUCCCAACCUUACUCUGACCAACUUUCCGCUCUAAAACAAGAUCUUCAAUAUGUCAUGUACUUUCCAAAGACUGAGAAAUACGUUCCCUUGUUUACCGGCGGUGAUGAUUCGGAAAUAGUUGACAGGAGGAAUGGGCUGCGCAAACAGAUUGAAGAUAGGUUGAAUGCAGCUGCUGCAAGUGGCAAGGAUUUAGAAGAGACUGGCAGUGAGGAUGAUGGUCUGUUGGAUCUUAGUGAUGACGAUUUUUUCCUUGCUGGGAGUUCUAGUGAUGAAGCAGAUGCGGAUGACGAAUGGACAGACAAAAGUGCAAGAGAGCAGGCUUCUAGUGCUUCUGGGAAAGGUGUGUCAGGCAUGUCUAGUGAUGAAAAAAACCAGAGGCAGAUUUCUGCUAGAGCUUUGAUGCCUCCUCCUCGCCCUUCAAAAAUGAAAUUGUCAAGGUUUGGGUCAUCUUCUGGUCAAAAUUUGUCUAUACAGAGAUCUGAGAUUUCCACAUCGAGCAACACAUCAAAUAGCAAAAGCAGCUCAGACUUCAAAGUAAGGGGACCCUCUAGAUCUGGGACAGGUCAUGGAAGUAGUUUAAGCUCCAACUCUGAUGCUCACAAGCCUCGGAGGAAGAGAAGACCUAAGAAGAAAAAGAAGCAGAUAGUUUUUGGAUUAUCUGCAGGCUGCUACCCACUGAAUGCUGUUCACUCUACUGAUUCACACAUACUAUCAGACUGGUUUACCUCUCUCACCGAUGCGGCUGCCGUUUCUCCAGAAGAGGCCAAACAACUGCGAGACGAGGCUCGUGAAAUGUUUUAUCACGCUUUUAAUGGAUACAUGGACCACGCUUUUCCCCUCGACGAAUUGAAACCCCUUUCAUGCGCAGGAGAGGAUACUAUCGGUGGCUAUACCUUAACAUUGAUUGACUCCUUAGACACUUUGGCUUUACUUGGUGACCGACAACGCUUCGCCACCUCUGUUGAAUGGCUUGGUAAAAAUCUUCGCUUUGACAUAAAUAAAACUGUUUCUGUGUUUGAGACUACUAUCAGGGUUCUCGGAGGAUUACUAUCUGCUCAUCUCAUUGCCUCUGAUUAUGCUACGAUGUUGUUGAUAGGAAUACCGGAUAGAAGGAUAAGAUCGGAUGAGGUUAUACUUUGCUUUCAAACACAUGCUUUGGAGUUGUAUUCUGGAUUAACGUGGGAGCUUGAGGGCAUGAGAGUUCCAUCAUAUGAUAAUCAGUUACUAAACUUGGCUGAAGAUCUUGCCAGGAGAUUGUUACCUGCAUUUGAUACCCCUACGGCAGGUGGUGGGACCUUGACUCUUGAAUUUGGUGUUCUAAGUCGUCUGACAAAUGACCCUAUUUUUGAACAAGUCACCAAGAAUGCAGUGCAUGGACUUUGGGCACGGCGUUCAAACCUUAAUCUUGUUGGUGCUCAUAUUAAUGUUUUUACAGGUGAAUGGACACAAAAGUUUAUAGAUUCUGAUGCUGGGAUAGGAACUAGUAUUGACUCUUUCUAUGAGUAUCUAUUGAAGGCAUAUUUAUUAUUUGGAGAUGAAGAGUACUUGUAUAUAUUCCAAGAAGCUUAUGCUGCUGCUAUGCAUUAUCUUUACCAUGACCCUUGGUAUGUAGAAGUGAAUAUGGAUUCUGCUGCUAUUGUCUGGCCAUUAUUUAACAGCCUGCAGGCAUUUUGGCCUGGCCUUCAGGUUUUAGCUGGAGAUAUCAAUCCUGCAAUUCGCACCCAUGCUGCCUUCUUGAGUGUCUGGAGAAGAUAUGGUUUUACUCCUGAGGGUUUUAAUCUUGCUAGUCUCAGUGUUCAGCAUGGGCAAAAGAGUUACCCGUUGCGGCCAGAGCUAAUUGAGAGCACCUAUUGGCUAUAUAAAGCAACCAGAGAUCCUAGAUAUCUUGAUGCCGGGAGGGACAUGAUUGCUAGUUUACAGUAUGGAACCCGAUGCACUUGUGGAUACUGUCACAUUUCAGAUGUUGAGCAUCAUAAACAAGAAGAUCACAUGGAGAGCUUCUUCUUAGCUGAGACAGUCAAGUAUCUGUGGCUUCUGUUUGAUUUGGCUGUGGGUCCUGACAACCUUGUGGAAAAUGGGCCAUACAAGUACAUAUUCAGCACUGAAGGUCAUUUACUGCCGGCUACUCCUCAAAUCUCCCUAGUAAGGGAACAUUGUUUGUACUAUGGAGCUUAUUGUAGAAGUGGUGAUUUGAGACAAACUUACUUUGUGCCAGAGUCUGACAAAGAUAAGAAAGAAUCCAAUGAUACUAGAUUUUUUGAAAGUUGGACUAAAGCUACAUAUUCUUCAGACUACACUACUUUCGAGCCAAGUGCCGUUUCAGGUUUGAUUAAGGGUUUCUGUCCAGGAUUAAACCAUGGACAGAAGUUUGGUUUAUUAUAUGCACAUUCAACUGAUGAACGUCAUGAUUAUGAAACCAACCAAGUUCAACAGAAAGAAUCAACUACUGUGCAAAGCAAUUCAGUAUUGGUUCUUCGUGACCAGACAUCUGACCAUUCGCUACCAGAAGAAUAUAGCAGUGACCACAAUGAUAAUCAGACACAUGGACCAUAG